UCUCCCAUCCCCCCGCCAUCAUCUGUCCCUCUGCUCCCUCAUCCAUUACAGGACAGGACAGGCAGCAUUUGUGUGAGGAGCAGGAGAGCGAGCAGCCACACGAGGCGGGGGAGCACAACAGGCGGCAGGGAGAGAGAGAGAGAGAGAGGGAGAAAGAGAGAGAGAGAGGAGACUGCACAUAUCGAUGGCACUAACAAUGGAGCUUUAGGAUCUAGUGAGGUGAUAGUCAGCCAAACAACGGCUGGGGGUGAAGAUAUCUGAGGCGGGAGGGGGCUCAGGAGGAGGAGGAGGAGGAUGGGCCUCAAACACAGACUUGCAAUGGCACUGCACAAAUUGGAUUAAAGCAGUAUGCUGGAUAAGAGUGAGGUGGCAACUCUCGGCCUCCCCUCCACCACCAGUCAUGGAGGUUCUGACAGCAACAUCAGCACUGAUGGAGCAGCGGCAGCAUCAGUGGUCACGGCCGGCGGCGCCGAGGGGACCGCGUGGCCAAGUGAGCCACAGCGGACACGUGCCGCACUGGAGCAUCUUCAGCAGAAGAUCCUGAAAGUGACCGAGCAGAUCCGCGUGGAACAGGAGGCCCGUGACGACAACGUGGCCGAGUACCUGAAGUUGGCCCACAACGCAGACAAACAGCAAGCCUCCAGGAUCAAACAGGUGUUUGAGAAGAAGAACCAGAAGUCUGCACAGACCAUCGCACACUUGCACAAGAAACUGGAACACUACCACAAGAAGCUGAAGGAGAUCGAGCAGAAUGGUCCGGCCCGCCAACCAAAGGACGUCCUGCGGGACAUGCAGCAGGGGUUAAAGGAUGUCGGGGCCAAUGUCCGCGCUGGGAUAAGUGGUUUUGGAGGUGGAGUGGUGGAAGGGGUCAAAGGUGGCGUGUCGGCCCUCACUCACACUGCCGUUGUGUCCAAACCCAGAGAGUUUGCCAGCCUAAUCAGGAACAAGUUCGGCAGCGCUGAUAACAUUGCCCAUCUGAAAGACACACUAGAGGACGGGGUUGGGGUCCAUGCCGACGACGCCCCGACUCCCCGAGCCCUGAGCGGAAGUGCAACCCUAGUUUCAAGCCCCAAGUACGGAAGCGAUGACGAGUGCUCCAGUGCCACGUCUGGCUCCGCGGCAGGCAGUAACUCUGGUGGGGCCGGAGUGGGCGGGGCAAUGCUGGGGCCUUCCAUGGGCAGCCCCAGGUUGGACAGCCACCACCACCAUCACGUCCAUAGCUCCUGGGACUCCCUUCUGGAGGGUCUGCAGGAGAUCAAAGCCAGCCAGGCACACAUGGAGGACGCCAUCGAGGACAUGAAGGGGCAGCUGCAGAGCGACUACUCCUACAUGACACAGUGCCUGCAGGAGGAGAGAUACAGGUAUGAACGUCUGGAAGAGCAACUGAGUGACCUGACUGAGCUGCACCAGAAUGAGAUGUCCAACCUCAAACAGGAGCUUGCGAGCAUGGAAGAAAAAGUGGCCUACCAGUCAUAUGAGAGGGCACGAGACAUUCAGGAAGCGGUCGAGUCUUGUCUGACACGCAUCACGAAGCUGGAGCUGCAGCAGCAGCAGCAGCAGGUGGUCCAGUUGGAAGGCGUGGAGAACGCCAACGCCCGCGCCCUGCUAGGGAAACUCAUCAACGUCAUCCUGGCGCUCAUGGCUGUGCUGCUGGUGUUUGUCUCCACCCUGGCAAACUUUAUUACGCCGCUGAUGAAGACCCGAGCGCGAGUCACCUCCACCGUCUUGCUGACCUUGCUGCUUUUUAUCCUGUGGAAGCACUGGGACUUUGUGGAGGUGUGGCUGCUGCCUGGCUGAGCUCCUCCAGAGAGCAGGACGCAGGAAUCAGAGCAGUUUGAAAAAGACUGGAAAUAGAAGGUUGCAGGGGAGCAUCAGCAGCAGGGGUGAACAGACUGUCUUCAGGGUUAAAGACAUCAUCUUUCAGCUUUUAGGCACAAUGCUGUCCAUUUGAAGCGUUACAUUGCUGUCACCAAAAACUUUCUUGCAAAAAUCCAACUUUUUUAGAUAUUUCUGAUACAAAAUUGACAUCUAUUCUAAGAGUGUUGCAAGAGAAGGGCAUUUUAAGGGGAGUGGGUUUGUCAUGAAUGUCAGCGCUUGGGCAUGUCCUCCGAUCACGACAGCACCGACUUCUACAUCCGCCAUCGUGUUGACAUAAACACACACAGGUUUGUUGCCCCUGCAGACUGUUCAUGUGUCAUCGCAGCGCUUUUAGACCAAUUGAUUUCACUCCGUCUCAUUAUUCAGGUUUCAAUAGGGAUUUGAUAUUCCUUGUAAAAUGUGUCCAACCAAGCUCAAACAAGAAGCAUGUGAAAAUGUGUUUUUAUCCAGUUUGCAAAACAGAUGCUGUUUUGUUUCAUAAUGGGGAAAUAAAACAUUUCUUAUGCAAGACUUAUUUCUUUAGCAAUGCUGAAAAUCCGUCCAUUCUCAGGAAAGUGCAUAUUAUUGAACUUAUAUUACAAACGAGGUGCGUGGCUUCUUACACUAGUUUAGAAACACGAGAAUCGCCUUGUUGCUGUUCUUCGUAAAGCUCGGGAGAAAAAGUUGUUCAUGAGCUAAUUCAGAAAUCAACAAAUAUAGCCCAAGGGACGUAAGUAACACAUUUGAAUAAUAUUUAACAACAGUAGUGACUACCGUUUGAACU